AUGGGAGACGAGUUGGAACUCAACAACCUCACCCGACCUUUGAAGGAUUUCACAGUUCCUAAAGCAUUGGACCAGCCGUCUUGUAUUGCGUAUCCAGCCGCUACAACCACCUUUGAGAUCAAGAGUGGCACCAUUCACCUUUUGCCGCAAUUCUAUGGCAAGGCUGGGGAUGAUCCUCACAUACAUAUCAAGGAUUUCUUUGCCGUGUGCGCGACUAUGCACAAUGGAGGGAUUAGUGAUGAGGCAAUCAGAUUGCGUUUAUUUCCAUUCUCACUCAAGGAACGAGCCAAGGAGUGGCUCUAUUCUUUACCUAGUGCAUCUGUCACAACAUGGACAUCAUUGGCUUCCAAGUUCCUUGCAAAGUUCUUUCCAGCUCAAAAGACAAACCAUAUUAGGAAGGAGAUCAUGGGAGUGCAGCAACUAGAUGGAGAAUCAUUUCAUGAGUAUUGGGAUCGGUUUCAGAGACUCCUAGCUUCGUGCCCUCAUCACCAAAUUGAAGAUUGGCUACUUAUGCAAUACUUUUAUGAGGGAUUACUUGAUUCGGAGAGGAUGAUGGUUGAUGCUACUAGUGGAGGAGGUUUGAUGAACAAGAGUGCUACUCAAGCCAAGGAGAUGUUUGAGAACAUUGCAGCAAACUCUCAACAGUUUAAUUACCGGAGAGCUCCCCCAAAGAAAGCAGGUGUUUAUGAGGUAAGUGCUAGUGAUAUUGGUCCUCAAAUAGCUAAUUUGACUAACCUUGUUAAGCAGUUAAUCCCUCAAGCACAAGUGUGUGCCGUGUGUGCUAAUCCCGGACAUCAUACGGAGUCUUGUCCAAGUUUGUAUGGUAAUGGAGAAGAGAUGGCUCAAGCACACUAUAUGCAGCAACAAAAGCCAAGAAACGAUCCAUUUUCUAACACUUAUAAUCCGGGAUGGCGGCAACACCCUAACUUUGGAUGGAAGAACAACCAAAAUGUGCAAACAGCCCCAGUUCAACAAAAUCAGUUUGUUCCUCAACAAAAUGCACCUGCACCACCUGGGCAAGGUAAGUCUUUAGAAGAGUUAAUUAAUUCUUUGGCAUUAAGCACUCAAGGUUUUAUGCAGGAAACAAGGCAAACACAGGCACAAAUGUCUACAGCAAUCAAGAGCCUUGAAAACCAAGUUGGACAGAUUGCAGCCUCCUUGAGCCAAAGAGAGCCAGGAAAGUUUCCAAGCCAAGUAAUUCCAAAUCCUAAUGGAGGCCAUGACACCGCAAAUGCGAUUACUCUUCGAAGUGCAAAAAGGUGGAAAAGGAUGACAAUGAGGAGAGAAAUUCAACCAAAACAGUGGCUGCCCCCUCUCCCAAGCUUACGGUUCCAAGUGACAACUCUAAGGUAA